AUGUCCGUUUCUGCGUCAAACUGUGCAAUCAGGUACGGGUUUCUGGUAGAAAGUCAAACCCUUGUCCACCCAAUAAAUGUCGAGAACCAGUUCGGUAGAGAGGGCUGGGUGAAUCGUGGACACGACCUGACACAAAGAGCUUCCGGUGGCUGGGUGAGUGCAGGUGGCCACUCUAUGGAUACAGCUCCGGGUGUGACAGUCCAGGCAUGGCAUGCCCCACGUCCGCCACAGGCGUCCAUUUCUCGGCGACUUUCCGACACGGAGUCGGAAAAGGGAGGCGGUCACGACAGUGGCAACCGAAGAGGUGGUGGCAACCGAAGAGGUGGUGGCAAUCCUUCGACACGACAGGGGGAUCCUGUUGCGCAGGCUACAGGAUACAGCACCGUUGCGCAACACAGUGAGGGCACAGUGAGCACGCCCAGGCCGUCAGGGACAGGAGAGCAGCACCUCCGCACCCAGGCACCUACAGGGAGACUCAGCUCAUCAUUGCAAACUUCUCCCACUACUGGCGGAGCGCCGGCCAUGCCGGCCCUAGCGCGAUUCUUCGGAACCCGCAGCGGUUCGCCUCAUCGCGGCGCGAGCUGUGCCUCGUGCAGCUCUAUAGAUUCAGCUGUGGUGUCGAUUACCUUAACCCAACAACGGAGAUGGGCUGCCGAAUCUCGGUCAACGGCUCAGAUAGCGGAACUGGAGCGGCAGCUUGCGACGCAGGCCCGAUCUGCUGGACAAGGGAAUGGACGAGGCAGAUACGACGCUCGGCUAGUCAACCUAUACCAGCAGCUGCAAGACGCACGCCGAGCCGCCACCGACGAGCGAAGGGCUCUACUGGGACAAGAAUCAGCCUUGAGAGAAUAUGUAGAAAUGAUCAUUGAAGGCCGAAGAAGAAGAGACGAAAGCGGUACCCGCAAGCUUCGUUCCAGCCUGCGAGUUGCGACUGCCGAGAGGGCCCUGGAGCGCGUCGAGGAGGAAAUACGUCGGCACCAGCGAAUGGCGCAACUCAGUAGGGUUCGCCUACAACUAGCAGCUCUCAGGUUGCACGAACAGUCCCGUCAACAGCGCCAGCAGUUGCGUGACCGAGAAAACCAGAUCCUACGGCAACUGCGCGAGCAAGGUGAAGAAAUGAUGAAUCCGCGUCGCAGCCGGAGAAACCCCGCCUGA